UCACAGCAUACGUCAUCAACGUGCGACCAAGGAAUAAGGCGGCCUCCGCUAAGCGCCGUAUAACAACACCACCGCAACAAAGAUAAAAUGGCUCCAUCGCCUACUAAGCGGAAGGAUCGUUCGGAGGAAAAAGCGAAGGAACGUCUGAAGGAAAAGGCAGCUCCCAAAGACGGAGCUGAUAAGGAGAGAGGCAGAGAAAAGGCCCGCAAGCGCCGGAGUGCUUCCAGUGGCAGCAGCAGCAGGUCCCGCUCAAGCUCCACAUCCAGUACUAGCUCAGGCUCCAGCUCAGGCUCCUCCAGUGGUUCCAGCUCUUCAUCUGCCUCCAGUCACUCAGGCUCCUCCAGCUCCUCCCGUUCCUCCAGCUCCUCCAGUUCGUCCGGGUCACCCAGCCCGAACCGUCGUCGCCAUGACAAUCGCCGCAGGUCACGUUCACAGUCCAAAACAGCAAGGAGAGCAGAUGACAAGGAGCGUAAGCGCAGGACCCCAAGCCCGAAGCCCACCAAGCUCCAUCUGGGCCGACUGACUAGGAAUGUUACCAAGGAUCACAUCCAGGAGAUCUUUAGCACCUAUGGCAAAGUGAAGAUGGUGGACAUGCCAGUGGAUAGGCUCCACCCGCAUCUUUCCAAAGGCUAUGCCUAUGUGGAGUUUGAGACACCUGAGGAGGCUGAGAAAGCCCUGAAGCACAUGGAUGGAGGUCAGAUUGAUGGGCAGGAGAUUACUGCCACUGCAGUCCUGGCGCCACGCGUACGCCUCGGCCCGCGUAGGCCCACUCCCCCACGAAGGAUGCCCCCACCACCCCCUAUGUGGCGCCGCACUCCACCACGCAUGCGGAGGAGGUCUCGAUCACCACGUCGACGGUCUCCGGUGCGCCGGCGCUCACGAUCUCGCUCUGCUGGCCGCCGUCGCCACCGCUCCCGAUCCAGCUCCAACUCAUCGCGGUAGAGGAGUACCUUUGUGAUGCAAGUGCUGUGAGGAUGGGGUGGAUUUCCUGAGCUUGUGGAAAACUUUGACGGGGCGUGGCAGCCUCUGUCGCCUCGUUUAUCCUGACCUCUCUGCAGAGCGGACUGAAGGAGUAUCAGUCCUACAGUUGGGCCUCCCUGGUUUUAUGGUUUUGUCUGGUUCUAAAUGUUUCAUUUAGAUAUGUUUUUAAGCCAGAUGUUCAUUACUAGGAAGUGUCAGUGCUGUGUGUAUUUUUACUUCUCUGUAGCUAGGAAUUAAAUCUUUGUAGUUGAGCCCAUACCUCAGAAGUGGAAAGUUUUUCCAUUUUUACAAUCUAUUGAUAAUAUUGCAGCUUUUGGAAUUAAAGGAGAAAACUUGAACAAGAACUUCAGUUGUAUUUUUUGUCACAUAUGUGCUCACUGUACAUAAAGCUUGUCUUGCUUGUGAUUUCACAUGGAAUUAUUGUGAAGGUCAAGUGACAGCAGUGCACAUUGCCCAACAGGUGUGUUUCUGUGGUUUUCACACUGAGCAUGAAUGUGGAUCAUCAAGUAAAAGUUUUUAUAUGUAAUAUGCGAUGUCUGUAGCAACUUCACCAGCAAUUUACACUAUGUAUGUAUAUGUAUUUACCUGUGACUGAAGUUACAAUACUAAAAUGUAUAUUGGGUAAUGGGGAGUGUAUUUUUUUUUCUUUUUUACUUAGCAUCACACAUUUUCCAUGAACUUGAAUAAA